AUGACGAAGAAUAUGCAAGCAUCACAUACAAUCAGUGGAGACGAUGAGAGAAAUUAUUUCACGUCGGGAAAGGAGAUACCCCCGUCAACAUUAUCCGGCCUUAAUGGAGAUGACCCGGUUGCUCCCUGUGGGGAACGCACAACGAAUGUGGACUUGCCAGACGUCUCGCGUCUUAAACCAUCGGAGAGUGAACUAUCAGGCUUAUAUACUCCAAUUGCGGUAUUUUGGGAUUGUUUGAUGAAAGAAGACGGCCUCUGUGAGGUGCCGAAGAGCAGAUAUAACGUCGAUUCAUUUUAUCAUCCGACAAGAGAGCGCUCCACUCAAACAAAGUAUGGUUAUUUCCUGCAAGAAGACCCGGCCUAUUUCGACGCCCAAUUAUUCUCCGUGCGAAACCAUGAAUCAACCCGAAUGGAUCCGCAACAGCGGCUCCUCCUGGAGCUGGUUUGGGAAUGCCUCGAGAGCGCGGGAGAAACAGACUGGGAAGAGAUCCACAGACUGUCGACAGAUAUCAUGCUCUGGGCACAGGCGAUUAUGUCUUGGCAAAUUGUGUUCCUACAGAUACGACUUCCGGGGUCCCAGCAUAAUGCCAUUCCCUCUUCCAUUGAGCACUUGCUUGUCAGGAGCGUUGGCGAAUACAUGGACGUUAAUGUGGAAGUCAAACAGGAAACUGGUAACUUCCUAGCUGGGAAUGCAACUGCCAUGUUUGAAGACAAUGUAGUACUUUCUAUGAGGCGUGGGAUGCACUUCUCACAUGGCAGUGAGGGAAAUACAAGUCCCAUCCCACUUGUGGUUCAGGUUCAAUGGAGGCCUAACAUUGAUUUUCAGCCGCCUCAGGUGUUGCUCCCACACUUUGAGAUGUCCAAAUCCCUAGUGGAUAUCCUACACAAAACGAACGGAAUUGCAGGGAUGUACAUCUUACAGACAGUCGAGAAGAUCAAGCAUAUUCAGCCACAAGCCUCGCAUUUAUCCAAGUGGAAAGAUUGGCUUUUGACGAAAGAAGCUAAUAUAUACAACGAUGCUCAGAUAUUAGGUUCCUAUCGUGACAGUCACUGCGCUGGACCUACUCAACAACAACAAUCUGAUGGGGCAAUGCUACGCUUGGGGUCAGAAAGAUCGGUUGGGGGCACUGGAGCGGCCACCGCAGCCGCAUUGCGUACAUUAUACAACUUGGGAGUGCCCAUGUACUCCAAUUACAUGCUCACUGAUAUAGCGCCCAACUCCCUUGAGGAAGCUCGUAGCAGAUUUGAAUCUUACAAAAACAUGCAACAUGUGACUUUGGACAUAAGACGUGAUCCUCUGGAACAAGGCUUCGCAGAAUCCGCAUUCGAUCUCAUUAUCGCAUCCAAUGGAGCGUUACCUUCGUGGUGGAUAAGUGAGGACAGACGACGCGAUGGGCAUUACAUGAUCCUAGAGGGACGGAAUCAAGAGCUACAUGAUGCUGGCUUCACUGGGACUGACAUCAUACGAGACGACUUUGAUGCGCCUUACCGAUCUUCAGCAACCAUAAUAACGAGGCUUAUAGCCGGCUCAACAAUCAAACCAUCUAUUUCGUUGCUAAUUACCGACCGACAGUCCCCAGGUAACUGGGCGAAUACUGUUCAUUCUAGGCUCACAGACCUAGGGUAUAUGGUGGAAUGGACUACCUUGGCUGAUCCACCAACUAAUAAGAAGUGCAUUACAGUCUUGCUUGACCAGGAGGUCCCGUUUCUUUUCGAAUUGACAGAUAGUGAUUUCCAUGCUCUAAGGGAUUAUUCAGCACAGAUCAAUCAGUGUGUCACACUAUGGGUUACGAAGAGCACGCAAGUCACUAGUGAAGACCCGAACUUCGGUCUUGGGCAAGGCUUUGUGCGAUCUGUGAGACAAGAGCUGAUGAUUGGUAUAUACAUGCUUGAGGUUGAGUCAUUUGAGCAAAAUGCUGCAAGUGCACUAGGGAAGAUUGUCCAAAAAAGUCUUACAGUUCAAGGAUGUGGCAGAUUUUGUGCUCCUCAGCGCGUAUACCGCUGGCUUAUAGCUAACAGCUCCUACGAUAUCCUGGCCGCUUUGGGCUACGUUGGGAGCACAAGUGAGCUGGGCCUAGAGGGAAGUGGAACCGUUCGGCGAGCUGGCAAGCAUGUCACCGACCUUGUGGCUGGUGAUGAAGUGUCAGUGCUGCUCAGCGGGCUGUCGAUGAAAUAUGCAGCAGGCAUGGCGCUGGCAUACUUAACAGCAAUUUACUCGCUGGACUACGUGGGACAGGUUCAGAAGGAUCAGACUGUUCGCAUUCACUCUGCAUGUGGGGGUGUCCGUCUAGCCGCUAUUCAAAUAUGCAAGAUACGUGGUGCCAAAGUAUCUAAGGCGAGAAGCAUUACUCCCCGUCUUUCCUAA